AUGUUCCCUAGCCCUGUGACCAGCACGCCCUUCUCGGUGAAGGAUAUUCUGAACCUGGAGCAGCAGCAGCAGCAGCACAGCCUGGGCUCCAUGGAGCUGGCCGCGCUGGCCUCCCCGUCCUGCAUGCUGGCCACCUUCAAGCAGGAGGCGUUCGGGCCCGAGCCCCCGGCCCUGCCCGACCUGCGGGACGAGCUGCCCGAGCCGCCCCCCGGCAAAACCGCGGCCGCCUUCCCCGGCUCCUGCUACGGGAAAAGCUUCGUGGAGAUGGACUCGGCCAAGGCGGACAAGAAAGAACUGUGUUCCCUACACAAGAGCCUGGAGCAGGAGAAAAGAGACCUGGAAGACCCCGAGCGCCCCAGACAGAGGAAGAGGAGGAAACCUCGCGUCCUCUUUUCUCAAGCCCAAGUGUACGAACUGGAGAGAAGGUUCAAGCAGCAGAAAUACCUCUCGGCCCCGGAGAGGGACCACCUAGCGAACGUCCUAAAGCUCACCUCCACGCAGGUGAAAAUUUGGUUCCAGAACCGGCGGUACAAAUGCAAAAGGCAGAGACAGGACCAGACGCUGGAGAUGGUGGGGAUCCCUCCCCCGCGGCGGAUCGCCGUGCCCGUGCUGGUGCGCGAUGGGAAGCCGUGCCUGGGGGAAUCCUCCCCCUACAGCUCGCCCUACAAUGUCAGCAUCAACCCCUACAGCUACAACGCCUACCCCGCGUACAGCAACUACAACAGCCCCGCCUGCAACGCCAACUACAGCUGCAGCUACCCCUCCGUGCAGCCCAUGCAGCCCUCGGCGCCCGCCAACAACUUCAUGAACUUCAGCGUGGGGGACUUGAAUUCGGUGCAGGCGCCCAUCCCGCAGGGCAACGCGGGCAUCUCCACCUUGCACGGCAUCCGAGCCUGGUGA